AAGCAGCCACCAUUAUUGGCAUUGCACCACCAAAAGCAGCUGCAUUGCUGCUGCCGGCCGAGCUGAUAAGCAUCGGCGCCGGCGACGCGGAUGGGUGCCGAGCGCGCGCAGCGCUGGAAGCUGCUUCCUUUCCGCUUUGCGCCGGCAGCGGCCAAGCCGAAGCACAGGGCGCCAGACGUUCUUGUUCUUUCGGCCCCGACGAGGAAGGAGGAGGAGGAAGAGGUGCCGGGGGAGUUCCUGUGCCCGAUCUUGGGCGCACCCAUGGCAGACCCCGUGAUCCUCCCGUCGGGGCGGACGUACGAACGCGCGUGCGUCCAGGCCUGCGCGGAGCUGGGCCUCUCGCUCGGCACGAACGGAGUGGUCGGGGAGGAGCCGGGUGGUGCUGGUGCCGUGGCCAUACCCAACAACGCGCUCCGGGCGGCCGUCAGGACGUGGUGCGCGCGGUCUGGACGCGCGGCGCCCGUGGCGCCUUUCGCCGAGGAGGCGCGGAAGGCCGUGCUCCGCGCGGCGCGGGUGCCGCCGGCGAGGUCGGCGUCGAAUCUGUCGUGCUCGUCGGAGGGGGCGUCCGCUGCGUCGACGCCAUCGUCGUCGUCGGCUGGGUCGUCAACGGAGAUGGCUGCGGGGGAGGUGGUGCGCGGGAAGGAGGCGAUGAAAGAGAGAGAAGAGGAGUUUAUUAGAAUUGAAGAGGCGGAGGAGGAGGUGUUGGCGAAGGCGGUGGAGGCCGGGGACGAGGGGGAGGUAGAGGCGGCGAUGGCCGCGCUGCGUCGGGCGACGCGGGAUGGCAAGGCCAGGCGGCGCGAGCUCUGCGGGUCGCGGCUGCUCGCGGCGCUCAGGCGCGUCCUGCUUUCCUCGCGCCACACCGCCUCGGCGCGCGCCGACGCCGCCGCGGCGCUGGCGAACCUUUCGCUCGAGCCGGAGAAUACGGUGCCCAUCGUGCGCGCGGGCGCGGUGCCGGCACUCAUCGAGGUGCUCGCCUCUGCCGCCGCGCCGCCGGAGGCGCGCGAGCACGCGGCCGGCGCGCUCUUUGGCCUCGCCCUCCACGAGGAGAACCGCGCCGCCAUCGGCGUGCUCGGGGCUGUGCCGCUGCUCCUCGCCGUCCUCACCACCUGCGACCAUGCCCUGCGCGCGCGCCGCGACGCCGGGAUGGCGCUGUACCACCUCUCCCUCGCUGCCGUGAACCAAUCCAAGCUCGCGCGUGCCCCGGGCGCGGGCAGGAGCCUGCUCUCCGUCGCGUCCAACGUCGCCGAGCCGUCGCCCAUCCGCAGGCUGGCGCUCAUGGUAAUCUGCAACGUGGCCGCCUGCGUGGAGGGCCGCACCGCUCUAAUGGACGCGGGCGCUGUGGCGACGGUGUCCGCCAUCCUGUCCGACGACGCUCGCAACUCGGACCUCCAGGAAUGGUGUGUGGCCGCACUGUACGCCAUGAGCAGGGGUAGCCCGCGGUUCCGGGGGCUCGCCAGAGCGGCCGGCGCGGACCGCCCGCUCAUCCUCAUCGCCGAGCACGCGCACGCCGGCGUUCACAAGGAGAUGGCGCAGAUGGCGCUGCGCGCAAUGCUGGACCUGGGUGACAAUAGCGACGGCGACCUGUCGGACUGCAGGAACAGCGAGGGCAACUAUGGCGGCGGCAGCUUCGCAUCGGCGCCCUCCCACUCCCACCGCCGGCGCGCGGCGAGCUGGGCGUCUGCCGCUACACCGCCAAGCUCUCAUCACUGGCGAUCCGUAUUCAUUGAUUAGUUUAGAUUCAUCUGCCUAGAUGAUGCGUGCAUUGUUGCCUGCUCAUCGGAUUGAAAUCUUGCUGUGGUUUCUUCUCGCGUACUUGGUCUGCCAUUUUGGAUGGAUGGUGCAGUGAAUCGGCGAUGAAACUAGUGCAUGUGUGUUUGUACUUUGUACUGUACUGCCACCGUGUUCUUGUCA